UCAGGAUUUGAAGCCUCGGCUGAAGAUGCUCUCAGCGUCUCGGGUUCGCUGGUCGCUUGUCACCGGGUGAACACUGACUCAUCUGGAGAAACACAGACAAGGAGGAGAGGGUACAACAUUUACCCCAAGGCUCCCGCUUGCUUCCCGGAUCUUUCUUUUCCUCUUCAACAUGGAGCUGAAGAAAUCUUUGUCGGACACGGAGCGAGCGCUCCGCAGCUACGGCGCCGUGUCGGAAACGGCGUGGACGACGGACAAAGGUCACUCAGACGUGUCCAUGGCUGAAAGCACCAUGUCUCCGGAAGAGAUCGAGGUGGAGAUGGCUCGCAUUCAGCGCCUUCGGGAGGUCCUGGUGCGCAGGGAGUCAGAGCUGCGUUUCAUGAUGGACGACAUUCAACUGUGCAAAGACAUCAUGAGCCUAAAGCAGGAGUUGAGACAGAUUGUUUCAGUGCCAGAGAAAGAGAAGAACAAGAAGCACAAGCAGCGGGAGGAGGAGCUGAUCCUGAAGAUCCAUAAACUGGUGCAGAAAAGGGAUUUCCUGGUUGAUGAUGCUGAGGUGGAGAGAUUAAGGGAGAAGGAGGAGGACAAAGAAAUGGCGGAGUUCCUCAGGCUGAAGCUCAGGCCUUUGGAGCAGAAACUCAAAUCUACAAAUCCUCCAAAGCCCAAGCGACAGAUCCUAGAUCCACCACCCAACAAACCAUUCAUCACUAAGUCGGGGGCGGCCAUCAUUAAGGACUGCUGCGGAGCCACCCAGUGUGCUGUAAUGUAACUGACCUCUGUAAUGACUGCUGCAACUCCUGUCACAUGACCCACUCACUUCCUGUUUCUCAGAGAACCACAGAUAGCUGAAAUCACCCUUGAGCCUCUUCAGAAAUCAGAUCUACUUCCUAACUACAGACACCUGGGAACUGAUCCCUGAUCAGUAUUCAAGGUGGGGGGGUUAACAGUGAGAGGCACCUUUUAGGGACAUCUACAGGGGAAUGUACAUGAACUAAACAUGCUGUAAAUAAAGUCUGAUAACUGUAUGGUUAAUGUAUUUAUGCCGAGGCAGAUCAGGUCAUUUCUGUAUAUUGCAUUCCUUUAAGGUGAGGAUUUUUUUGAUUGGACAAAUAAGACCUAAAAGCACAAUAUCUAUUGCAUUGGUAAUUAAUGGGGUUCUGUGAUAUGAAGACAAAGCCUCUCAUUGUUGAAUUUAUCAACAUUUUAUCCAUUAAGUUAAACUCUGCUCUUUCAGAAACCCAAACAUUUUCUUUCCUUCUCAUUUAUUAUCCCAGUUUGCAAAACUUAAUUGUUACAAAGAGCAAAUUUGUUCUUCUGUUGGUUAUUGUUACCCAAUAUUAAAAGGUCAGGUUACAACGACACCUUUCUGCAUUCGACACAGGAGUUUACAAGCAAACAACCUCUGCAGUUACCAAAAAAAAUACACAAACCUUAGAAAUGAGGUUUGUAUCAUAUGUUCAAUCAUAUGAUAAAACCUAAAGUCAUGCAUGUUUAAAAUGUGUACUUUAAUACUCUAAUCGUUGCUAAAAAUCAAACCUGAUGUCAGUUAGCUAUAAAUGAUUGUGAUGAGUGUCCAAAGCUACAAAGAUGUACUUUAGGGCUGCAACUAACAAUUAUUUAGCUAAUCUAUAUAUAUUUUUAUUUAUCUGAUUUAAUCUGAUUUGAUUAGGGGAGUCUUGGCCUAGUGGUUAGAGCAGAGCACUUCUGCUCUAAGAAAGUUGAAAGUAGCUGGUUUGAUCCCCACAACCUCCACUCUGGGUCCAUGAGGAAUACCCUUAACCCCACACUGCUCCCUGGGCACCGCACAAUGGCAGCCCACGGCUCCCCAAGGGAUUGGGUUAAAUG